UCACUGGAACCCUUCCGGUCCCUGGAACCUGGCCGCUUCCCUCCCCUGGGCGCCCUGGCUUCGAAGACAGAUGGCGCCUGAUUGCAUCCCAGAGGCCCCUGGAAAUGCGGGAACCCAGCUCCCCAGGCGCAGACGUGGAGGAGGCGGCGCACUUCUCGCCCCGCCCGGAUGUGGCACCCACCCUUCCCCAGACUUGCAUGAGUUCCCCACCUACAGCCCAACCAGAUGUGCAGGAGGCAGUGGCGAUGGGGACAGACUGGGGUCCAUGUCCUACCCAGUGACCAGUCAGCCCCAGUGCGCUAGCAGCUGCUACCAGACCCAGCUCAGCGACUGGCACACGGGACUCACGGACUGCUGCAACGACAUGCCCGUCUGUCUGUGCGGCACUUUCGCCCCCCUGUGCCUCGCCUGCCGCAUCUCCGACGACUUCGGGGAGUGCUGUUGCGCGCCCUACCUGCCCGGAGGCCUGCACUCCCUGCGCACGGGCAUGCGGGAGCGCUAUCACAUCCAGGGCUCCGUCGGGCACGACUGGGCGGCCCUCACCUUUUGUUUGCCCUGCGCCCUCUGUCAGAUGGCGCGGGAAUUGAAGAUCCGGGAGUAAAGCAGCUCCACGCGCCUCCUCCUUUUCCACCUGUCACGCCCGGCCCCCUCUGCCCCCUCGGCCCCCUCUGCCGCCUCGUGGGAGGGCCUGCCCCUCCGCCCUAUCCCGCUACCAGAAAUACACCCACAAUAAAGACCUGAAAACCAA